CCCGCUCGCUCUCCCGCACGGCACCACCACCGCUACUCCACACCACACCAGCUGCGCCCCCGCGCGGACGCGCCGCGCCCCGUGCCGGGGCUUUCCCAUCCUUUCCACGCUGUCGCCGCGCGCUCUCUCCUGCGCUGCUCCGUCCGACCGUCCCCCCAUUCCGGCGUUCACACCGCCUGCUCAGCCUCGCGUCUUACAAAGAGGCGUGGGUGCGCACCCUCCGAUUGCCCCUGAGAGGCGGCACGGCGGAGGGAGCGGCGGCGGCGGUGCGAGAAGCUGCUCGUGUGUCGUGUCGGCGACUCGAGGGGGGGGGGGGGGGGACAUGAGCUGCCUGGGCUGGUUCAAGCGGAGGUCGAGGAGCGACGGGGCGUCGUCGGGGAAGCGCGGGGCGUCGGCGUCGGCGUCGUCCGGCCCGGCGACCGCCACCGCGACGACCACCACGGUGUCGGGGGUGAGCACGAGCCGGUCGGACGACUCCGGCGCGGUGCGGCCGGUGAGCAAGUCGGCGGGGUCGGCCGCCUCGUCGCAGUCGCAGCGGAGCAUCUCGUCGCUGUACGAGGAGCGGGGCCACGGCCAGCUGCGGGUGUUCGACUACCAGGAGCUCCAGGCCGCCACCGCCGACUUCGGCCGCGCGCAGAAGCUCGGCGAGGGCGGCUUCGGCAGCGUCUACAAGGGCUUCGUCCGCGCGGCCGACGGCAGGGGGGACCGCAUCCCCGUCGCCGUCAAGAAGCUCAACCAGCGCGGCCUGCAGGGACAUAAGCAGUGGUUGGCAGAAGUACAAUUUCUUGGUGUUCUGGAGCACCCAAAUCUUGUAAAGUUACUUGGAUAUUGUGCUGUUGACUCCGAAAGAGGGGCACAAAGAUUGUUGGUCUAUGAGUUUAUGCCGAACAAGAGCUUGGAAGACCACUUGUUCAGGCGAGCUAAUCCUCCUCUAUCGUGGAACAAAAGGCUUCAGGUUAUCUUGGGUGCUGCAGAAGGAUUGGCCUACCUGCAUCAGGGGGUAGAAGUCCAGGUAAUCUACCGGGACUUCAAGACGUCGAACAUUUUACUGGACAAGGACUUCAGAGCCAAGCUGUCAGACUUCGGGCUAGCCCGGGAAGGACCAACUGGAGCAAACACCCACGUCUCAACUGCGGUCGUCGGGACGCAAGGGUACGCGGCGCCGGAGUACGUCGACUCGGGGCACCUGACGGCGAAGAGCGACGUGUUCAGCUUCGGCGUGGUGCUGUACGAGAUCCUGACGGGGCGGCGGUCCCUGGACCGCAACAAGCCGGCGGCGGAGCAGAAGAUGCUGGAGUGGGUGGCCCAGUUCCCGCCGGACAGCCGCAACUUCCGGAUGAUCAUGGACCCCAGGCUCCGCGGCGAGUACUCGGCCAAGGCCGCGCGGGAGAUCGCCAAGCUGGCCGACAGCUGCCUGCUCAAGACCGCCAAGGAGCGGCCCACCAUGGGCGAGGUGGUCGAGGUGCUCCGGCGCGCCGUGCAGGCGGCCGAGCCGGAUAGCCGGUCGGCACCCGGUUCCGGCGCCGUCAGGGGGAAGAGAGGCGACGCGGCCGCGCCGUCCAGGAGGUGAUUGCUAUUUCUAUGCUGCUACGGUGUCAUCGCCGGCAACGGCAAAGGCUCUGGUUGGCUUGAGGCCAUGUUUAGAUGAAACACAAAUUUUUUUUCGAUGGAAUCUUGCUAAUUUGAAGUACUAAAUGAAGUCUAUUUACAAAACUUUUUGCACAGAUGGGUUGUAAAUCACGAGAAGAAUCUAAUGAUACUAAUUAAUCCAUGAUUAAUCCAUAAUUAGCGGAUGGUUACUGUAGCAUCAUUGUUGCAAAUCAUGAAUUAAGUAGGCUCAUUAGAUUUGUCUCGCAAUUUACAACCCAUCCAUACAAAAAGUUUUAUAAAUAUACUUCAUUGAGUACUUCAUGCAUGUGUACAAACAUUCGAUGUGAUUUUUUUUUUUUGCGUUUACUAGUUGUGAUCUAAACAGCCCUGAGACUCGAAGUUGGUCAUGGAAGGGAGACUGAAAUGCGGCUGUCGUCAGACAUGACACUGACAGCACACACAGUGUUAGUUUUGGGUGUGUGUCGGUGAGUGGCGGGGGGCUUACAAAUAUUUUUCGGGCACAUUACUUGGACAACUUGUGUACAUAGAGACGAUUAGGCGGAUUGGAGUUUUCCUUUCCCUUUCGAAAGUGAGAUUUUAGAAGAAUUUUGCACUGGCUCUUAAAAAGAAUGAAUUUCGCAC